CGCUGUGUUUCUAUACCACAUAUUAUACAAUGGAUCAAAUCAAAUCCCAAGGUGUCAAGUCACAACCCGUCGGCAAGGACGGCAAGCCUCUCCAGAGUAUCGAGUCAUACCAAGCACACUGGGCUCAGCUCAUGGAAGAUACCAACUUGAAAAUCCAACAAAUUAGAGAGGAAGAACAGCGAAGGGCAGACCAGCAAGCCCAGUCCUCGGGCCGAUGAUUUCCAACUAUAACGCUCUAUGACGGUCGCGAUGCAAUAUGAAUGGAGUUCAGCGGGGGUUCUAGGAUGGAUACAUUCUUUUCUUUUCUUGUCUAUAUCAUUUUUUCAUGCUUGCGUUGCAUAUUCAGGCGAGUGAAGUAUGGGGAACUCCCAGAUUCCAGG